AUGCCAACUAACCGACCCUUCUUUGCCAAUUUCUUUUCCGCCUUCCGCGCUCGUACCAGUCCAACGUUCUCAGCCAAAUCGACAUCCACGUACGAUGCAGUGAUCUCGCCGGGGUCGCUGGUUGCAGCAGCCCAUGUUUCCACCAGUACGGCGACGGCGACGUCGACGUCGACGGUGACAAGGACCAUCACAACGAAGGCCCAUGACAGUCCAGCCGGGUCCUCGCAGUCAAGCUCACAGUCCAAAGCGUCGACGAGUAGUACGGCGCCGUUACCCUUCUCGACGAACCCCAGCUCACAUCGAUACGCCACGCCAUUAUCUCCCGGCACGGCCUCACCGACUGUCGGUCUAUCCCACAUCCACCCCCAUUCACCGUCACAUACAUCACACGCCAAUGCGAGCCUCUCGAUGUCGCCGCCUGCGCCGACACGGGGCCGACAGCGACGCGGUAGUGACAGCUCGAAUUCGUCGGGCGGCUUCAUCGAUGCACUGGGAGCGGAGAAAUGGUACAUCGGUGGCAGAAACGCGGCAGGGGAAGAAACGUUUUACAAGCUGGGCCUGGUGACAGGAGGGAAGGGUCGGAGGGUUCGAAGUCUAGAUCGAUUGAGCUUGUAA